AAAGUUUUUAAGAGAGAAGAAUGGUCGGAGUUGUUUUCCUUUACAUGCUUUGUUUUCUUUUCGAGCAGACCAGAGAAACCCAGAGCUCGAGCUCUGUCGUGUUUGCUUGUUCUCUCUGUGUGAGCAACUCUCAGCGUCGAGGGGUGGACGUGAUCUUUCAAACAUCAGAUCAGCGCGUUUAUGUAUUGGGUGCCCGGAAAUUUUUUCCAAAUAAACACAGCUUGAUUCGACUUGGGUGGGCAGACUUAUCAACAGACUAAUUCUAUAAACAAAUGAGGGAAUAAACCAAGCUCACCAUUGGCUGGUGGAUCGGGGACACGCGGGAAGAGAGAAAGCCAGAGAUCUGGAGAGAGAAAGAGAGAAAGAGAGCGAGAGAGAGAGAGACGCGGGGCUUUUGGGGGCAAUGAAAUUUUAAUUAAUGUGGGUGGGCUGAGAGAAACACAACGACUUGUUUAUCAUAGACAAUUUAUUUUCCAGCGCAUAAAGUCAACAUAAAGCAGCAAACGUGCAACAAUUAACAUUGCUGACUGGUGCAGGAAGAACAGGUCUGACUGACUGACUGACUCCUGGGCAUCUCUAUGGACCGCAGCUCGAGUAGUUCUGCACCAGGGCGCAUCUAAACGGGGCUCAGUAUGAACUUGUACCACGGCCGGUUAUCGCAGGGAGCCGCGGCUCUCAGCCUCACCAACUCGUCCUUGAUUUAUCUGUACGGUGGAGAAGUAGGAGGUGUGAUACCUGCUCUGGGACUGUCCUCAGGCCGCCAGGAACCUCCACAGAAGCCUCCAUACAGCUACAUCGCGCUCAUCGCCAUGGCCAUCAAGAGCGCACCGGGCAAACGCGCCACGCUGAACGGCAUCUACCAGUUUAUUAUGGACCGCUUUCCGUUUUAUCACGACAACAAGCAGGGAUGGCAGAACUCCAUCCGACACAACCUUUCGCUCAACGACUGCUUCAUCAAGGUGCCCAGGGAGAAAGGGCGCCCGGGUAAGGGCAGCUACUGGACUCUAGACCCCAAGUGUCUGGACAUGUUUGAGAACGGCAACUACAGGAGGAGGAAAAGGAAAUCCAAACUGCAGGAGCCUGGAGAAGCUAAACCGAGUCACAAACGAAAUCAGGGCACCACCAAACUUUGCGCAGGGACACACGGGAUCCUGACUACAGAAAAGGCACUAGCGGAAAUGCUAUUAGAGCGCAAAAACCAAGAACACCCCGCUUCAGGACGCGUCAGCUGCCCGCCGCACAACUCGCCGAAACGCUGCCGCGGUGCGCAUCCGACCGGCGCGCGUCCCCGCUCCCCAGCCGAGGAACGAAGCGCGUCUCCGCCGAAAUCCCACCGUCGAUCUGAACUGCACUCUCCACACGUGCCCGAAAUGCACGUCGGGAACGCGGCGCGCGCUGAGAGCACCGCUGGCGCUCCGGUUUCGGCGCAGCUUCCGAAGCAGGACGGCAAGAGGACUUCGGACAAAUCGAAAGAAUUCAGCAUAGACAGCAUUCUGGCGAAAAAGGUGAACCGGCUACAACGCAGGUGCAGCUGCGGAGGCUCCUCGGAGUCGGCGUGUCUGGAGACGCGUCAGCGCGCGCUUGCGUCCGCGCUACUUCCGGCUGCGCACGCGCCGCACCUCUACACGAGAGCCUACCCGCUGGGCUCCUAUAUGUCCCUGGCGUGGCCCGAAACUCUGCUCCAGUACUGCGAGAAGAGUGGAGAGAAAUUCUUCUGACUAAUGGCUCAUCUACAUGCAAUAUCGAUACCGGGACACAUUGCUUGAAGCAGCAGACUCACAUUUGUAACAGCUGUUUCUUAACUUCAAUAGCAGGGAAUAACUGAAUCAAGCUUCCUCAAGUUCCAAAGGAACUGAUCCAGCUGAACAUAUAUAUGUUUUAAAAACUGGAUGUGGUUGAAUAAAUCCCCAUCAUUAAAUACAAUCUAAUGUUAAAUA